AUGGCAACUCGACCCAAAGGCGAAUGGCUGGCCCAAGCCCCUGGCUCCUUUGUGGCCCUCUCCCAUGGCACGGUUCAUUAUCAACUGCGGGGCACACCCUCCGACAAACCUCUGGUGCUGUGCAUUCACGGCAUCAGCGCCGAUGGCGGCCAGUUUGCCAAUUUGGCUCAGGAACUCGUCGAUCUGGGUUAUCAGGUGUUGAUGCCCGAUCUCUACGGUCGCGGGUGGAGCGAUGCCGUGCUGGAUGGCAAGGCCAAGAACGAUGAAAAACUCUACACCGCGCAGCUGAGUGAGCUCCUCCUGCAGCUGGGUCCCGACACCAACUACAUGAGCGGCAAGGCACUCCACGUCAUUGGUACCAGCAUGGGCGGAGCCCUGGCCGUCAACUUUACCGCACAAUAUCCUCGUCUCGUGCGCACCGUGACCCUGGGUUGCCCCGCUGGCCUUCCCACCCCGCUCCCGGCCCUUGCCGGUCUCGUCAAGGUCCCCGGCGUCGGCGAGCUCCUCAUGAGCAUGGUGGGGAAAGGCGCCACCGAGAAAAACACCGCCAAGGCCUACGCUGAUCACCUUCGCCCUGGCGCCAAGGAACACUGGGAGGCCACCGUCCAGCGCAACUAUGACUUGGGCAAGUAUCACCCCGGCUUUGGUCCUGCCCUCCUCGACACGGUCCGCAACUUUCCUUUGACCGGCCUCCAGAGCCGCUACGACAUUGUCGGUACCCUCGAUAUCCCUAAGCUCUUGGUCUGGGGCCGCGCCGACGUUGUCGUUCCCUUUCAUCUCUCGGAGCAAGCCGUCAAGUGCCUCAAACCUACCUCCACCCUCUUCCUCGACGAGUGUGGCCACGUGGACUUUUUCUGCGUUGAAGAGCUAGCCUCGCAAAUGAAGGCUGCCGUUAUUGCUCAACUCCAAGAGGCCGAUCAAAGCCCCGCCGAUGUCUCGGCUUCCGCCCCCACCGCAGAUGCCAACUGAAGUAAAACACAGGGAUUCUCCUGUUGAGCUUCUUGCUUGUAUUUCAGACCCCAAACCUGCCGUCUUUUGCCAUCGUUGAUAAGAGCUUCCAAUUGAUGAAUGACUUUU